AUGAUAGGUAGUCUUCUUUAUCUCACAGCUACUAGACCUGACAUUGGUUUUAGUGUUGGAGUGUGUGCUCGAUAUCAUGCAGAUCCAAAAGAAUCACACUUAAGCUCUGUUAGACGCAUCAUUAGAUAUGUGAGUGGAACAGUUGAUCUAGGAAUAUUCUAUUCUAGGAAUUCUAAUAUUGACUUGGCUGGUUACUCCGACGCCGAUUGGGCUGGAAACACGGAUGAUAGGAAAAGCACGACAGGGGGUUGUUUUUACAUGGGUAGCAAUUUCGUAGCCUGGUUGAGUAAGAAACAGAGUUCUAUAUCUCUAUCCACGGCAGAGGCCGAAUACAUAGCUGCAGGUAGUUGCUGUACUCAGCUUCUCUGGAUGAAGCAGAUGCUGAGUGAUUAUGGGAUUAAUCAAGUCUCUCUCGACCAUGUCUCUACUGAUAAUCAAUUGGCAGAUCUACUUACGAAACCACUAGAUGGAUUGAGGUUUGAGUCGCUUCGGACGGCUGUUGGUGUUUGCUCACCUAUCUGA